AUGACAUUCAUUGAAGAAUUACCCGACGAACUUUGGCUUAAAAUAUUUUCUUAUUUUCCAUGGUUGGAUUUAUUUCAUUAUUUUUCUGGACUUAAUCAACGUAUUGAAGCAAUACUUCAUUCAAAACGAUUAAAAAUUAAAUUAAAAAGUAAUCUAAGUUAUGAAAAAUCUAAAAUCUUAAUUGAUGCAUUACCAGAAUAUGUUAUUGGUUUAUAUAUUGAUUAUUACAAUCAAAAUAUAGAUAUAUCAUCAUUUAAAAAUUUAUUAUCACUUCAUUUAAGUCAUGCAACUGAUAAACAAAUAGAAGAUAUUAAAUCACAUUAUUUAGAAUAUUUAAAUCAACUUGAUAUUGUUGUUUGUUCAACAAAUAAUCAAUUGGGAGAUAUACUUUUUAGUGAAAAACAAUUAAAUUAUUUAACAACAUGUUGGUUACCUAAUCUAGAUUUUUAUUUUGAUGAUAAGAAAUUUUAUCAACCAUGUUUUACAUUAUGUUCACUUCGUCUAAAUUAUUGUCAUAUAAAUACAUUUUUAAAUAUUUUAUAUUAUCUACCAAAUUUAAUUAGUUUUGAAAGUGCUUUAGUCUGUUUACCUUCAUCAAAUCAAUCAAUUUCUUUUCCUUUAAUCAAACAUUUAUGUCUUAUUCAUUUAAAAAUUUUAUUACGUACUAAUGUUCCAUUAUUUGAUCUUGAAUCAAUGCUUAUACAUAUUUCUUGUCUUGAACAACUUCAUUUAACUAUUGAUAGAUUUAAUAUUUCUCAAAAAGACUUCAAGUUAGUUGAAUUAACUAAUAUUAUUCAGAAUCAAGCAUUGAAUCUCAAAAAAUUUCAUAUUAAAAUAAAUUUACUUUCAACAAAUUUAAAAAUGAAUCAUGAUGAUUGGAAAAAAACAAUUUCUUUAUAUUCUCAAAAGAAUAUACAUCCAUUUGAAAGAAGUAUUGCAACUCAAUCUGAUCUCUAUUAA